CUCUCUUGUGGAUUUCAAAUUCACCUCUUUCGAUUCAUUCAUUCACAGCUAUUUUUAUUCUCUUCUUCUUUUUUCUCUGUAAUCUAUCUUUGCACUCUCAAUUUUUAGUUUCUCUCUCUUCUUUUCAUUUUCUUCUCCUUUCCCUCGUGUCACCUCAAGAACAUAAUUCGUUAAGUGCAAACGUUCUUUCAGAAAAAAAUAAAAAAAUUCCUAACACCCAGAAAUCCGACAUUUUUUCACCCUUUGACGACCAUUUGCAUUCGCUGUAACCGAGGAUAUAUCGAAUUUAAGGUUCUUUAUUAGCUUGGCUGCUAUUACAGGAGUUGCAGUUUGAACUAUUGCUGGCUUCAGAGGUGGCAAUGAGUGAACUUGGAAGGCCUGUCUCAAGUAAAAGAAGGUUGAAGGAUUUAUUGCUUCAAAAAGAUAAUCGUUUUUGUGCUGAUUGUAAUGCUCCAGAUCCUCAAUGGGCAUCAGCGAAUAUUGGAGUUUUUAUAUGCCUAAAAUGCUGUGGUGUGCACAGAAGUCUUGGCGCUCAUAUAUCAAAGGUUUUGUCUGUGACAUUGGAUGAAUGGUCAGAUGAGGAAAUAGAUGCAAUGAUUGAAGUUGGAGGAAAUUCUUCUGCUAAUUCAAUUUAUGAGGCUUAUAUUUCACAAGGAAGUGUAAAACCAGGACCAGAUGCCAAUCAUGAGCUGCGCAAAAAUUUCAUCCGGUCGAAGUAUGAACGUCAAGAAUUUGUUAAACCUAGUUUGCGCAUUAAGUCGGGAAGAAUGAAUAGUAAAGGGAUUAUGGAUAAUUUGCGAAGUACUAGCGGUUCGCAUGAGGACGGAAAGGGAGGAUUUAUUGGAAAUUUGAAGGUAAAAGUGAUCAAAGGCACAGAUUUAGCUAUCAGAGAUAUGAUGACCAGUGAUCCAUAUGUUAUCUUCACACUUGGCCAACAGACUGUUCAGACAACUGUAGUAAAGAGUAAUUUGAAUCCAGUCUGGAAUGAAGAACUUAUGCUGUCUGUCACUAGGCCAUUUCCAUUAUUGAAUUUGAAGGUAUUUGAUUAUGACUUUUUUUCAUCUGAUGAUAUAAUGGGGGAAGCAGACAUUGAUCUUCAACCCCUGAUUUCAUCUGCAAUGAACUAUGGAGAUCCUAGUAUGUUUGAGGAUAUGCAGAUAGGAAUAUGGAUGAAAUCUCAAGACAAUGCGCUUAUAGAUGAUAGCGAAGUCAAAAUUGUUGGUGGUAAAGUUAAACAGGAGAUAUUAAUCAAGCUCCAGAACGUUGAAUCUGGAGAAUUAGAGUUAGCACUUGAGUGGAUGCCUUUUGAUCAUUAGGAAACACUAAUCUAGAACUGAACGAAGCAUUCUUGGAUUUGGAUUGAAAGGAAACCGUAUUUGAAUUCCUGAUCAGUAACAGUACGACGCGUCAAAAGGAGAAGAAAAAGAAGAAAUUUUGGGAGGGCAUUCCUGUGAUAUAACGAGCACGUAUAUUCCUUAUAAGGUCAUGUUUGUA